UAUAACCACAUUUUCAUUAACGGUAAUUAAAGGAUCGUGUUGGAAGGGAGAUUGUUCCUUUUUGAGUGGGAGAGUAGAGAUUAGUUCUGAAUGCGGGAUUUUGACGGCCCUGCUUGGGGUAGACUGCACAGUACAACUGACCACGCUUUUGAGAGAUACUGUACUGCCUCUUAAUUGACACACAAGGAUGUUUAAUUUAAUCACUCACUAGGUUUACACGUCACGCCACGCCACGCCACGUGUUGAUGAGCCAUAUUAUGCGUGAAAAGACCACGUGAAGUUAUUUAAAAAAAGAGGUAAAUUUACACUCGUCACAGGCGACAAAAUAUUAUUUAAAAAAGUGAAUUAAAUGUAUUUACUAUUCUGGUUACUAUUGAAAACAGUCGUGCGAAACAACACGUGACUAGUAGUAGACAGUGUGAGCUAAAUUAAGCAAAUGCGUGUUUGUAAAAACGAAGUACCAUAUUCAGUCUGCUAACAAAACGUGCACGAUUUAAUUUUGCUAACGUGAACUCGUAUGUUGGUACGUUUAUCUGCUAAAAAUCUGAAUUGGGAUUUUUCUCAAAGGUCUGGUUGACAGAUCCUAGUUGUGGCGUGGACGAUCGUCCAAAGAAUUUGGUUGAAACUGGUCUAUAUACACGUAGAGGUGCUGGACUGGGAAGCAAACCUGAUUCUCCCCUCUUCUGUGCCCCAGCUGUUCACUUCCUCGAGGCCCGAACAGCCAUGCUAUUGGACAGAGGAGACGCCACUCUCGGCAACCCACCUCCGGCACCGCCAAUCCGGAGCAGAACUGGCGUGUCUUGGAGUCUGAAGAUCAAGAAGAAGCUGAAAGGGGUGACCCCGUUUUUGGGGAAGUUUCGUCCGACAGUGGGGCAAUGCUGUCACCAGUGCACCCCGGAGAGCUUGGGAAUGAAGCUGCUCAAGAAUUCUCCCUCUCUGGGAUUCCAGAAUGUCCUGCAUGUAAAUGAAACCCGCACGAGGUUCAGAGGCUGGCUGGUGAGGCGGGUGUGCGGGUUGCUUUUCGUUCAGGAGCGCAAGGUGUACCCCAGCCCAGCCGGAGACAGAGCAGAGCGGGUGCUCCGCAGCAGCAGAGUUCAGAGCCUCAUUUCCUCUGGCGGGCCAACAGGGGGUGCUGUGGCAGGAGAAGGGAGCUCUCACAUUGGGGAGACUGCAAUAGCAGCGACGGCCAGGAGGGGGCAGGCUGUGCAGAUCCUGGAGGGGAUUCAAACCUCAAUCUCCCCUCCUUUACUCAGGCUAGCUGGGUGGAUCCUGCUGAAGCUUCUCGGCCGCAUGUUUGCGAAUGUGCAGGUCAGCUUGAACCAGCUGGCAACGCUGCACAAAGCUCCACAGCUGCACGGGGCUCCGCUGGUUUUCGUCUCCGUUCACAAGUCCAGUCUGGAUUACGCACUGGUGCCACUGGUCCUGUUUUGUCACAGUCUGAGGGUUCCCUACAUGGUCAGCAGCACAGACCUGGAGCACACCUGGCUCAGGCCCAUCCUGCAGAAAGUGGGCGUGAUCUUCGCCCCACGCUGUCCAAUGGGGAAGGAGGACACAGAGACUGGCACUCUGCAGUGUGCUGUGCUGAGCUCAUUUGUCUCUGAACUCUUGUCUGAGGGGCAGCACCUCCUGCUGUUCCUGGAGGAACCUGGAUGUGUUGAGCGGCGCCCGUCUCCCUGCAGCACGCAGUGGCUGUCCUGGGUUCGAGAGGCAGUGUGCAGUGGAGCUGUGCCCGACGUGGCGCUGGUACCAGUGGGCAUCGCGUACGACGCACCAGUGGAAGGGCUGGGGGACUCUUGUCAGCAGGCUCCUCGCUGUGGUGGGUUUCUGUCCCUCCUUCUCUCCGCUCUCUCUCUCCUGGGCAGGAGUCACGGCUGUGUGCGUCUGGACUUCGGGCAGCCCUUCUCACUCAAGGAGAUGAUCAGCAGCGGGCGUCUGCCAGUCAGAGGGCUUCCCCUGGAGGACAUUCUGCUGCCAGCCGUGAUGGGAUCCAGGUCUGACUCCCUGUUUGCAGAUAAAUCCCUCGGCUGGGUCCUGCCAGUAGCAGCCUGCCCACAACUGGAGGAACAGGAGCGCCAUCUGGUGGCCAGCCUCUGCAAGCAUCUCCUGUACUCGGCCACUUCCUGUUCUGCGGUCAUGUCCACGUCCAUGCUGUCCUGCCUGCUCCUGCACAGACACCGCAAGCAGGGCGUGGCUGUGCCGCAGCUGGCUCGUGAUUUCUCCUGGCUGCUGGAGGAGGUCCUGUUCAGGAAUCGGGACGUGGGGUUCGGGGGGAGCCUUCCUGAGGUGCUGUGCCACUCCAUGACCCUGCUACGGGACAGCCUGGUGCUCUGCACAUCCCCCUCCGCCCCCGCCCCUCUCGUCGCACCCCGGAGCACCCCGCAGGCCGCCAUGACCCUCUCCCGACACUGUGGGGCGCUGCAGCACCUCUUCAUACACGAAGCCGUCGGGGCCUGUGCUGUCAGUGCCAUGCUGUCUGAGAUGAUGGACUGUGUGAACAUUGAUGAGAUGGACUUCGACGUGGCGCUGUGCCAAGAGGAGCUGACAGAGCGAGUGGCACAGCUGUGCCAGUUACUGCCCAGCGAGGCCCUGCUGCUGCCACCCUGUCAGUCGGUGUACAGUUUUGCUCAGGAUUCGAUCGACAGUCUGGUGCGCUGUGGGAUCCUCGUUAUGGAGGAGCUGCCUCGAGAGCGCCCCCUGUGUGACCUGUGGGGUCGGCGUCAGGCUCUGCUGUGGAAGUCCUUCGAUGACCUCUCGAACAGUGACAGCGACUGUGAGGAGCCACCGGACCGCCGGUCCUACAAGCUGAACCAGCCCAAUCACUGCCCAGACUUCUUCUUCUUCCUGUGCAGUGUCCUCAGCCCCCUGCUGAGGGCGCUGUCCUGGUCUGUCUGUGGACUCCAGCACCUCUACUCCCCACUCACAGAGUCGGAGUGCAUUGAACGCAUGCAGGGAUUCCUCCUUGACAAGACCCAGGGAGAGUCCUCUUACUUUGAAAGCGCUACCCUGGAGAUGGCUGCCACUGCAGUCUGGACAUUAAGAGACCUGGGAGUUUUGAAAGAAGAGCCCGGGGAGGGUGGAGCUGUGUGUUUGCGACUCAGUGAAGCCUUUGAGCAGCCACUGGCCCAGGGGAAGCUGUGCAGGUUUAUAGAACGGUUCCUGUAUCACUGAACACGGGGAAGCUGUGCAGGUUUAUAGCACGGUUCCUGUACCACUGAACAGGGGGAAGCUGUGCAGGUUUAUAGAACGGUUCCUGUACCACUGAACAGGGGGAAGCUGUGCAGGUUUAUAGCACGGUUCCUGUACCACUGAACAGGGGGAAGCUGUGCAGGUUUAUAGCACGGUUCCUGUAUCACUGAACAGGGGGAAGCUGUGCAGGUUUAUAGAACGGUUCCUGUACCACUGAACAGGGGGAAGCUGUGCAGGUUUAUAGCACGGUUCCUGUACCACUGAACAGGGGGAAGCUGUGCAGGUUUAUAGCACGGUUCCUGUACCACUGAACAGGGGGAAGCUGUGCAGGUUUAUAGAACGGUUCCUGUACCACUGAACAGGGGGAAGCUGUGCAGGUUUAUAGAACGGUUUCUGUACUACUGAACAGUUCAUGCUGUGCAGGGCGCAGUGGUUCUAAGUUCAGGUUCGAGGGCCUGUUCAAUUGGUCUCAACCAGCGGUGGACAAACUUUCUUCUUUCCGGUCCUGGUCUUUGUUCCAGCCCUGUUCCUAAAUUGUAUGAUUGAACCAAUGAAGUAGUUCAUGAUCUCAUUUUACCUGUUAAACCUGGAAUGGAAUUGCCUUCCAGGAUCGGGAUUGGACCCCCCUGGUCUAAACGAUGGCGCAUCAUAAUACCUCCACCAUGUAAAUCAUUAUUAGAAGGGGACUGGGAGAAAAAUAACCAUAUCUAUAACGAUGUCUCUUCAAAGUAUGCCAGAUUUGGACCUGUUCUGUAUGUUUGUAAGUGUUCAGUGGCUACCUCUAAUCAAGGUGAGUGUAUUUCUCAUGCUCUCUUUACUGUGUCUUCAUACACAGUGCAAGAGAACUCACACUCUAACUUGAUUAGAGGCAGCCGCCAAACACUUAAACAUAUAACAAGUCAUUCAAUCUAAAUUUCAAGAAGAAAACAGACCAAACCCUGAUCUUAGCGUUCUUAAUGUGUUUGAUAUAGAACCUGUUCAGAAUGCUUUGUCACCGUCCCUCGAGUGCAAGAUUGACACUCUGUUAUUGGAAGCGUAUCUGCUGCUGGGGAUGUGACUCGGAAUCGAUAUGCUUUUUGUUCCUUACUUAUUUACAGAUGUGUUUAAUUGAUUUGAUAUGUAUUGUCUUGUAUGCAGACACACAUUGAUGAGGGACACAAGUUGGCAGUUUCUUUAGAAAGAUUUCAGGCAAAGUUACACAAAACAGUUUUAUGUGGAGCUUGUUUUAUUUCUAUUUUGUAUUUAUUUUUUUUGUUCAGACAUGCCGUUCUGAUUUAUUGUUUUUAUUAUACAAAGAAGCCCCUCAACAUUACCAGAACGAGCCCCUUCUUUGUACAUUAUAGUUUGAAAAUUAACUAUGCAGAAAAAGGGAAGAGUAACAUUUUGAAUUUUUUUCUAAUGCAGUCAGCACUCAAAUAUCCGACCCUAUACAAUUUUGACUUCAGUGAUGGUUAAACGCGUGUGACGCAUAUCGGAUUAAUUCAUUUUGGCCUGUUCCAACCCUUGUCCGUUUUUUCAGGGAACACAGAUACAAUGUCAAAAAUACAUAGCUGAAAGGGCUAUGUUUUAAAAUAAGUAGGCUUCCAUUUAUAUGUACUGUAGUUGGUUUUGUUGGUAUAGUACUAUAUUUUCAAGUGAAUUAAAAUACUUCUGAACGAUAUGAUUCUGAAAAUAUCACUUGCUAAAGAGACGACUGUGGACUGUAAUACAGCACCUACUUUUAAAUCUGGUAUGUAUUGUAGCAGUAACGACCCAUGAGCAAAAUGAAAUCAUAAUGUUACCCAUGCACAGAACUGCGUAAAACGUAAAAGGCAAUGCAAUUUAGCAAAAGAUUAAAAAAGCCAGUUUCCAGUUUUCAGUAUUCAGAAUUGCAAAAUAUAGUUCUCGAUAAGCCCUAAUGUCACAGUUCACUUGCAAAUGAAAAUGCACAAAAACAGCUAAAGAUCACGGAUUAAAAAAAAAGAAAUGCAUCACAGUGUCAAACUGUUCAAUGAUUAACUAUUACAUUACCGUAGCUUGUCUCGUUUGCUUUGUUUUUGCUGCAUUUUCGUUGGGUGAAACUGGAGGCAGCGCUGUGUAUCUGCACAAUACAGACACCGACUUGGCAUUUUGAGAAAUAAAUACAACAAAAAAUGCAGACUGUGACGGAUAAACAAGUACAUUGCAACACUGAAGAGAUGGGCUUUGUAUCAGAAAACUGGAAAAUCGUGUGUGACGGGCAAGAGCAUUCAUUUGUUUUUAUGUGCGCGUGUGUGUAUAUAAUGGGGAUUGAUUUUAUUCUUAAUAUAAGGGUGGUAAAAAGCGACUGAAGUGAAUCUGGGUCACUGAGGGUCAUCUACCCUCAUUUUCCUGGUACUGGGUGUGUAUUUAAACACCGCAGUUACUGAUGAAGACAUUGUGUGAUUUUCCUGUGUUUUAAAAUAAGCUCUGAAUCAACGCAGGGUUGAUGAACUCUUAAAAUCAAGCUCUACGUAGCUGGUGUACGUCAGCAGCUUGCAAACCCCAGCCUUGUCGUUCGACCUUGUGAUGCGUGGGUAUAGCGCUUUGCCAUCUGUAAGGAUUUCGCAAAACUCUUCCAUCAAGUUGUUGUUAAAUGUAACUUAUGAGGAUUUCUGCAGAGCGCCGUUUGUUCUUCACUUCAAGAUGUUAUCUGUUAAUGUGCUUGGUCUCGCACCAUACACUGUGCAUCACGCCAGGGAAAUAAGACCAGAUUUGGUCAAGGAAGUUGCGUAAGCUAGCUGUGUAUCUGUGCUGUAGGAAGUCAUUUCUUUGCUCAACAGAAACAUCUACACCGACGCCAGCUCAGGCAUACCAUCUCUGAAGCCUUGUGUGUGUAUCACAUGUGAUUUGCUUUGUUCCUGAUUUGCUGUA